CAGAAUAAACAAUGGUACGCUCUGUGACUGUUGGUCUCUUCUUGCUGAAACAGCACAAGGGCUUGAACUAAGUCGAUCUUUACUGUCAUGAAAUGUUGGCCUUUUUUGUUCCUACUGUCUUUGAGCUUCUAGGCAGCCCUAAUGCCCCCACAGUCUGACCUGCUCCAACACACAGCCGUCUUAGCAUAGAAAUGGAUCACAGCGUAGCUGAUGAGGAUCCUGCACCAGGAAGACAACCUUCAAAUCCUGCUUCUAGGACAACUCUGGGUGCUAAGAGACAAGCAUCACUGAGCAGUCAAAGGCCCAAAGUGUUGAUAACUCCUUUCCACAACUCCCCCAUAGCUGAUGCGACUUUGUACAGCAAACGGACAGCAACAUCUUCUGGGAAGCCCCUGGCAUCUCCGGUCAGCCUGUUUCUGGGCACAGCUGGAUGUAUGACCAAUCCACUGUUCAGAGAGAGACCUGCUUCUGCUACAGCUGCCACUGCCACCACUGAGGCUGGGAGCUCAGAGAGACAAACUUCCAGUUCAGGCUCAUCACAGGCCACAACAGGGAAAAAAGUACAAGCAAAUCCAUUUGCUGUCAAGAAUGCCAGUAAAAAGGUGCCAGAGUUGACUCUGACAGAUUCAGUGAAGUCUGGACCACCGUUCAUCAUGGACCUUCAUCACAGUCCCAAAGGCAAAGAGAAGAAUGCUGUCUCCACUUUGGUCAAACCUCAGGCUGGUUUGAAGAGGAAGAAGAGGAAGAUGGGAAUGUACAACCUGGUCCCUAAAAAGAAGGCCAAAGCAGUUAAACAGCUAGAGAAGAAAGAGCAAUCAGGAGUCAGUGUAGAGAAAAACCAGAUUGCAGCUGAUGGGAAACCGGUGACUCCACCAGCGACUAUGCAGGCUGGAGCACAGAAGGCUGUCAGGAGAGAAUCACUCAUGGAGGAGAUAGAAUCAGGACAAGGCAGCCAUGUAGAAUACACAGAGCUGGCUUUGGACUGCCUGGACCUGAAAGCUCAGCAGGCGUUGCUCUCACCAUCUCUGCCAGCAGGUCUGGCAGCAGAUUCUGAGGUCACAGAAACAGACCUGGCCGAAGAGUUACCAUUGUGCUGCUGUCGUAUGGAGACACCUAACAUCAGAGGGGGCCUCUCUGUGCUUGAUCAGACGUGCAUGGCCAUGGAGAGUGCAGAUGGAAUGCUAAGUCGUUGCCAGAAGCAAGUGAUGAAGCAGGAAAUGAUGCGUCCCUCCAACACAGUCCAUCUACUGGUUUUGUGUGAGGACCACCGUGCCGGUAUGGUCAAGCACCAGUGCUGCCCUGGAUGUGGACUCUUCUGUAGGACGGGCACCUUCAUGGAGUGCAGGCCAUAUGGCAGCAUCUCCCACCGCUUUCACCGUGACUGUGCCUCCAUCCUGAAGGAUCGAAAGUAUUGCCCUCACUGUGGAGAGGAUGCCAGUGGAGCAAAGGAGGUCACGGACCCCAGGGCUGAUCUAUCGCCCUCUGUGCUCAGAUUGAAUCCUGGGCCAUCGCUUCCAGCUGUAUCUACCGUGGCCACACUGCCUUCGACCCCAGUCACACUACAGAUACUCAGAGCUAAGAAGACAACUGAGCCACAGAGGGACAGAGAUGAGAGCCCAAGCAGGUUAAAGAAUGAGACUGACCCUGGAGAAAGACUUCCCAAAGAGUCACUGGAGAGCAUCCUGAUGGCACUGGAUGAUGAGAACCUCAAACCAAAAAAGGUGAAGUACCCCACCAGGCAGCUAUACAUUUCUGCAAAGCAGGGAGACCUCCAGAAGGUUGUUCAGCUUCUAGUUGAUGGGAAGGACCCCAAUUUUUUGAUGGAAGGCCAACACAAACGCACCCCACUUCAUGCAGCAGCUGCUGAGGGUCACCAGGAGAUCUGCCAUAUGCUGGUCCAGGCUGGAGCUAACCUGGACAUGCUUGAUGAGGAGCAAAGAACACCGCUGAUGGUAGCCUGUGAAAACAACCACUUGGACACAGCGAAGUAUCUGCUUCGAGCUGGAGCAUCUGUCAGCCACAAGGAUAUCAUGGGCUUCACCUGUCUGCAUCUGGCAGCUAAACUGGGGCAUUAUGAUAUAAUCCAUCAUCUGCUCUCCAAGGCAUCCAAAUACAUCAACUGUCAGGAUGAUGGAGGAUGGACUCCCAUCACCUGGGCCAUUGAGUACAAGCACAAGGAGCUGGUCCACCUGCUGCUGGCCAGAGGGGCCGAUGCUAACAUCAGAGACAAGGAGGAGAAUGUGUGCCUACAUUGGGCGGCUCUGUCAGGCUGUGAUGACAUUGCCCAGGCUUUGCUGGAGGCUCGAUGUGACAUGAAUGCCGUCAAUGUUCACGGUGAUACACCACUUCAUGUCGCCGCCAGAGAGAACCACCUGGAGUGUGUGAUGUCGUUUCUGUCACGUGGAGCUGACAUCAGCCAGAGGAACAAGGAGGGAGAAACGGCUCUGGACUGUUGCACUCGCGGCUCCAGGGUGUGGACAGCCCUUAGCACCAAUAAGAAGCUGACUGAUGCCAGGAAAGGAAGGGAAUGUCAUGGAGAGAGAGUGCUCAGCAGGGACAUUUCUCGGGGCUAUGAGGCAGUUCCUAUCACCUGUGUUAAUGCCGUGGACAACGAGCCAUGCCCUGAAAACUUCAAAUAUAUACCAGACAGUUGCGUCACCUCCCCACUGAAUAUAGACAAAGACAUCACUCACUUGCAGCACUGCACCUGCACAGACGACUGCUCAUCUAGCACCUGCAUAUGUGGGCAGCUCAGCUUGCGUUGUUGGUAUGACAGUGAAGGUCGACUACCAGUGGACUUCUGCCAGCGGGAGCCCCCGGUGCUGUUUGAGUGUAACCAUGCCUGUUCCUGCUGGAGGACCUGCAGGAACCGUGUGGUCCAGAAUGGACUGAGAGUCCAGCUGCAGCUCUUCAGGACACGGAAUAUGGGCUGGGGAGUGAGAGCCAUGCAGGAUAUCCCUCAAGGAACAUUCAUUUGCGAGUAUGUUGGUGAGAUCAUCACAGAUGCAGAGGCCGACAAAAGAGAGAAUGAUUCCUUCCUUUUUACCCUCGACAAUAAGGUUGGGGAUGUCCACUGUAUUGAUGCAAGACUCUUUGGCAACGUCGGCCGCUUCAUUAACCACCUGUGUGAGCCCAACCUCCUGGCUGUGAGGGUGUUCACCAUGCACCAGGACCUACGCUUCCCCCGGAUAGCCUUCUUCUCCAGCCGGCCCAUCAGAGUUGGAGACCAGAUAGGGUUUGACUAUGGCGAUCACUAUUGGAGGGUGAAGAGCAAGUACUUCAGCUGCCAGUGUGGGUCUAACAAGUGUCGUCACUCAGCUGCUAGCAAAUAGAAACUCACUAAUUCCUCUUUGUCACUGUCUGCUCUUUAAUGUAAGAAACACUGCCUCCUGAACCAGAUACCGUAUAAAAGUAAUGUCACAACUAACAGCAGUGAUGAUGUCUGAUAUUUACCUGAAAUAAAAAAGACAUUGUUUAAAUCAUUUAAGCACAAGAUCAUUAUUAUAAUGAAGUUGCUUUUCUGUAAGAGAAACUAGUCCUAAUGAAGUCAGAGACUAACACGAUUUUUACAUUGAUGGAUUCUUCCUUUCAUAUUGCCAUGUGUCAUAAGUGUGGAUUAAUGAAGUCAACUGAUUUGUGAUACUCUGAGCUUUGCUAUGAACUUUUUUUUUCUUUUAACCUUAUGU